AUCGUUCAGAAAGUAAAGCUACUUUAGCAUUAAAUUUUCCAUUCUGGAGAUCUGAAUCUUCUAAUUAUUUCACUUCUCCCUUGGAUAUUGAUCUUACUCUUUUUCUGGAUCUUGACUUUGAGAAUUUGCAUUGCCCUUUGGUAAAGCCUAAGUCUUGA